GUGUGUGGACCGGAAACACCUUCUUCUUUAGCGAUAACUGAAAAAGUUAUCUCGAAGCAUUCAACAAUGGCGACAAUGGCUUCCGUCGCUACUUCAACUUCGAGGAUUUCAUAUCCUAUGACGCAUUCUUUCAAUACAACUUGUAAUUUCGCUUCUCCUUUUCGUUCUUCAUUUUCUUCUUUAGGUUGGAAGAAAGUUAGGUUUUCGAUUGGAAAUCGAAGGGGAAAGUUAGGGUUUCGAAAUUGUUCGACAUUGAGGAUAAGCUGUGGUGGAUUGGCGGAGAUUAAGGAAGAUGAAUUCUCCGACGUCGUUUUGAAGUCCGAUCGUCCUGUACUGGUUGAGUUCGUUGCUACUUGGUGUGGACCUUGCCGUUUGAUUAGUCCUGCCAUGGAAUCCGUUGCUGAGGAGUACAAAGAAAAGAUCACUGUUGUUAAGAUAGAUCAUGACGCGAGUCCCAAGCUCAUAGAAGAGUACAAAGUCUAUGGAUUGCCAACUUUGAUUCUCUUCAAAGAUGGAAAAGAAGUUCCAGACAGCAAAAGGGAAGGCGCGAUAACAAAAGUUAAACUCAAGGAGUAUCUUGAUGGACUUCUAAAGACAGUUUCUAUCGCGUAAUAUUCAGGGAAAAGUUUAUCCGUUCUGGUAUCUUCAUCAGUCUAUGAUCGACGAGAGGAAUUUUCUUGUCUUGUCGUUGUUGUUUAUCCUGUUUUUGCCUAUAAAUUGAUUUGCUUCCUUGAUUUAGCCAAGAAUAAUGAGGAUGCAUUGUAUAUUUUAGCUGUAUAAUGGCGCGAAGCUGUUUGGAUUUGUAUAUUUGAGCUGUCUAUAAGAUGAAAAUAAUUGUGUAUUUCAGAUUUAUGUAAUAUGGU